UAUCGAGGAAGCGGGUUACUCCUCCAGCAGCUGGCGAGUUCGUUUGACGAAGCUGAGUUGAGCAAGGCCUGAUCUAUCACGAGAAUGGACGCAAGAAUAGACAGCAAUAUGGAGGAUGCCGUCAGAGGGAUAAAUGAGUUGUCUGACGCUGAAAGGCAACAGUGCUGGAGUGGUCUACAUGACCUUCAAAUGAAGACGGUGGAUGCGCGUGUCAAAAUCCAAAUAACCGUAGACAGUUUUCGUGCAGCGGCUGAUAAACUGGAUCAAGUAUGGCGGGACUGUAAGAUAGCACACGCUGCUGGAACAACUGGUGGAAUAAUUUCGGGUUGCCUCGCCCUUGGUGGUAUAGUAAUGUCGGGGGGUGCUGCCACGCCAUUUCUGUUGACUGGACUGGGUUUUGGAGUCGGCGGGGCUGUCACAAAUAUCGGGACAAGCUGUGUGGAGGCUUCCAUAAACUCUUCUGAAAUAGAGAAAGCUGAAAAACUCUGGAGGGAGGCUUUAGACAGCAUCAACGUUGUAACUACGACUGUACAGAGUUGGCUGGAUAAGAAAGAGAUGGCGAGGAUUGCUUACAUUUUGUACCUUGCAGAAGCCUUCGAGUUUGUUGACCCCGUCCUGCUAAACCUGCUUCAUGACGUAGUAUCCACUGUCUUCGGGAUCCCCAUCAACAUACUGAAAAGGUUAUCUGCCGCUGCAGCCCCGUCAAAGGCCGGAGCAAAACUCUUGACAGAAGUCGGUGCACAGGGGGGAAAAGGAAUAGCCCAACUAGCUGAUGACGCAGCACAAGUAGGAAAGACAGGAUUGCAAGUGGCUGAUGACAUGGCUCAAGUGGGAAAAGCAGGACUGCAGGCUUCUGAUGACGUGGCACAAGCAGGUGCCAAAGCAGGGUCCAAGUCGGCAGGGAAAUAUGCUGGUAAAGUCUUGAUUGCAGCCAACAUUGCAUUCCUGAUGGUGGAUUGCAUAGACCUUGGAUUCACGGUCAGAGAUCUUGUUAAAAACAAAGGAUCCGAGGCAGCAAAAGAUUUGAGGAGGAAGGCAAAGCAACUCGAGGAUUUACUUAAGAAGUGAAACAGGCAAGGAACUCUGAUGAAUAGACGUAAAUAAGACUCUUUCAGAUGAGAAACAUUCAAUUAUUGACUCUCAGUUUCAGUAUAGUGAUUAAAUGUUCUUAAAUUACUUAAACACAAAACACUAUCAGUAACGUACAGUCAUGUAAAGAGAUACAAAUGAUGGAAUCAAUGUCACUAAGUUUCAAAGCUUUUUUGUACUAACUGCAUAGAGAACCUUUACGAUGAACCCAGUCCUGUUCGAGCCGUCCAGACAUUUUCGAAGGUUUUCCACUUAUUUCGUAAGCCGUUCCGAAUAUUUCAAAGGUGUCCUGAUGAGUCUACGCCAAAUUGUCAGAAGUAAUCUCCCCUCCAUGUUCGAAGGUUUCCAUCAGUUGUAUGGUGUGUUCUCCGUUAAGAUUUUAUUGAUUGGAAUUUCUCUUGAUUCCCCGUACAUUUCUUGAAAACUGCGUCAAUUAAGGCUGGGAUAGCUCGAGUUUUUAUCUCUAGACGUACUGGCUUGGUCAGCUGCCAUAAGCUGACAUGAUGUAGGAAUCUUUAAUCCUUUAAAUCCCAAGACUGAUUGUUAAUUCUCCCCUUUAGCUGCUCAACAUUUCCUUGUAAAUUCUACCUGAUGAGAUUGAAUAUUCUCAGUACCUGUUUGCUGAUUAAUGUAUGGAUGUUAUGGGGAGAAGUUUCAUGUAAAUCACGUCUAGAGUUAAAGGGUUAAUCUGCAUGCGUGAGGCCAGUUGACAGACCUAAUAUUGUAAGUAACUGAAUAACAAAGAAAGUAAGCAAAAAAUGCUGAGUCAGUGUUUUGCAUUUUACAAAUUUGAUAUUCUCGAAGUUUUUAGCAAAACAUAACUUCAAAAUGACAUAAAAACGGUCAAAAGCCCAGAAAGACCGCUGCAAGAGAUGUGGGUAACACUAGUUUAAAGAACUUUAGUUUUUCACCUUUGAAAGGUUUUGUAAUGAUUGCAGAUCACAUGUAUAUUCAUUAUAACAACCCAGAAACGAAGGAACGAUUCAAUAACGUCGCUGUUUUCACAGUUAAGAGAGACUUAUGUUAUGUUGAUAAUAGAUAUUUCUUUUUC